GGCUGUUCGAACCUUAAGUGGGCUUCUGAUUUCUGCUUUCCAAUGGAGAGUUAAGCCCAACCCAGAAUCAGCCACUUGCCCUUUAUCCGCCUCUCAAAUCUUCCAGCAAAUUGUUUUUCUUCUUAUUUGUUGGCUGGCGCACUCAAUUAUUCUUGUCCCUGUUCCCUUUAUUACGACUAUAAUUCACACUCACUUAGAUCCGGCUUUUUCCUCAUCGAAAAAAGAAAAGAAAACAAGGCUGUCAAGCAGUGUCUCAUCUUGAGACGGAACGGAUCAUAAGUGAGAAAGGGGACCGCUCGGUUUUUCAAAAGAAUAAAAUGAAAAUGCCUGAAAGACAUAAGGAUAUUCCCAGUAGAGAUGUCAUGCCUGGAAGUGAUCUUUGGACAGAUGGGCUGAUUUGUGCUUUUGAAUUUAUUCGAGGCCAUAAGAAACCAAUGAACUCAAAAUAUGGUUCAAGGGUCCAAGGCAAACAAUCAGAUGAUGAAUAUUUGAAGGUGCAAAUGCCAGCCAAUAGACUAACUGAGUCUUCUUCUCCAGGAUUGGAAGGACAGAAAUUAAUGGAGUCCUCUUUGAGUUAUGAGUCAAGGGAUAGCGUGGCUGCUUCUUUUGAUGAAUACAAAGAUGGCCACAGCCUUCAAUCAGGCCAGUUUCAUGCUAAUGAAAGAUUUGAUGGAAGUUGUUGGGUACCCAUCGGGUGGGAAAGAAUUUCAGAUCUUGUCAAAACUGUGCAAGUCAAUGCUGGCUGGGCUUCACAACAGUUUGAAUUGAUGGGUAAUGAAUACGAUUUAACUGUUGCAGAUUUAGCAGCUCCCUAUUGGGAGCGCCCUGCAGGACCCAUAUGGUGGUGCCAUUUGGCUGCUGGUCACCCCUCUGUUAUGGCUUGGCUCAACAAUGCUCAAUGGUUACAUCCUGCUGUCAGUCUAGCUUUGAGAGAUGAAAGCAAACUGAUAAGUGAGCGGAUGAAGCACCUUCUAUAUGAGGUCCCAGUUAGGGUGGCUGGAGGGCUGUUAUUUGAGCUAUUGGGACAAUCAGCUGGAGAUCCAUUUGUUGAGGAAGAUGACAUCCCUGUUGUACUUCGUUCUUGGCAAGCACAAAACUAUCUCCUAACUGUACUGCACAUAAAAGGGAAUGUAUCUGGAGUAAAUGUUCUGGGAAUAACAGAAGUUCAGGAGGUUCUUGCUGCUGGAGGUCAUAACGUGCCUAGAACAGUUCAUGAAGUCAUAGCAUAUCUAGCUUGCCGCCUUACACGGUGGGAUGACAGGUUGUUUCGUAAAUCCAUCUUUGGUGCAGCAGAUGAGAUUGAAUUGAAGUUUAUGAACAGUUUUUUUGUGAAUAGGAGAAACCAUGAGGACAUGAAUCUUUUUGCGAUUAUUUUGAACCAAGAAAUCAGAAGAUUAUCAAGGCAGGUUAUCAGAGUGAAAUGGUCACUCCAUGCAAGAGAGGAGAUUGUUUUCGAGCUUCUACAACAUUUGGGGGGGAAUACAGCAAGAACCUUGCUGGAAGGAAUAAGAAAGAGCACAAGAGAAAUGAUUGAAGAGCAAGAAGCAGUUCGUGGCCGUUUGUUUACAAUUCAAGAUGUUAUGCAAAGCACUGUUCGUGCAUGGUUGCAGGACAGAAGCCUUAGAGUAACUCAUAAUUUGGCUGUUUUUGGGGGUUGUGGCCUUGUUCUUUCUAUCAUCACUGGGCUGUUUGGUAUCAAUGUUGAUGGGAUCCCUGGAGCAGAGGAUACACCAUUUGCAUUUGGUUUAUUUUCAGCCAUCCUCAUCAUCAUAGGAAUUGUGCUAAUUGUGAUUGGCUUACUUUAUCUUGGAUUGAAAAAGCCUGUCGAUGAAGAGCAGGUGCAGGUUAGGAAGUUAGAGUUACAAGAGCUGGUUAAAAUGUUCCAACAUGAGGCAGAAGCUCAUGCCCAGGUUCGUAAAAGUACUUAUCGGAAUAACUUGACUCCAACUGCUGGAGAUGCUUUACUUGAUGAUGCAGAUUAUGUUCUCAUCCAAUAACACGAUACGACUGCUCAAGUA